AUGUCGUCUCCAGAUAGAUCAGCAUUUGCGAAUGACGAAAAGCAACCCAUGAAAGAAACUAUCCAAACCACAUUUGGCCAGACGAGCAAUGCUGGUCCUGAUGGAACCAAACGAGGAUUGAAAUCUCGUCAUGCACAGAUGAUUGCGCUCGGAGGCACGAUCGGUACAGGUCUCUUCGUCGGCUCGGGACAAGCCCUUCGCAUGGGUGGCCCAGUCUUUCUCCUCAUCGCAUAUCUUAUCAUUACUGUCCUGGUCUUCGGUAUCGUCACCGCCACGACAGAGAUGAGUUCGUACCUCCCCGUUCCCGGCUCCUCCGCAUCAUACUACGGCAAGCGUUUUGUGUCGCCCUCGCUAGGCUUCGCACUCGGCUGGAUGUACUGGUACAUCUUCGCAAUCACAGUACCAGCCGAGAUUGUCGUGUCCAACGUCGUCGUGAACUACUGGAAGCCUACAUUCCCGGGCCACGACGCAGUGUUCAUAACCGUGUUCAUGGUCGUCAUCAUCGGACUCAACUUCUUCCCAGUCCGCGUGUACGGAGAAACUGAGUUCUGGUUCGCCAGCAUGAAAGUGUUCGGCAUCAUCGGAAUGCUCAUAAUGGCCGUUGUCCUGGUCCUUGGAGGAGGUCCCACGCACGACCGACUAGGCUUUCGAUACUGGACCGAACCAGGCCCUAUAAACGAGUACCUCUCUACCGGCUCAACUGGUCACUUCCUCGCUUUCGUCGGUGUAAUCUGCUUCUCCAUUUACGCCUUUGCCUUCGCCCCCGAACUCCUCAUCGUCACAGGUGGAGAAAUGGAGAACCCGCGUCGCAACCUCCCCACAGCAGGGAAACGCUACUUCUACCGCCUCGUGAUCUUCUACUGCCUAGGAGCCUUCGCAAUCGGCCUUAUCGUCCCCUCCAACGCAUCCGAUCUCUUCGGCGGCGGCUCCGGCGCAGGCGCAUCCCCCUGGGCCAUCGCAGCGAAACUCGCAGGCAUCAAAGCCCUCGAUUCCGUCAUCAACACCGUCAUCCUGCUCUCCGCCUGGAGCGCCGGGAACUCGUACCUCUACCUCGCGAGCCGAGGACUGUACUCUCUCGCCCUCGCAGGCGACGCGCCCCGCAUCUUCACACGAUGCACGAGUUCGGGAGUCCCAUACAUUGCUCUCGCUGCUAGCUCUGUGAUCAGUCUCUUAUCCUACAUGACACUGUCGUCCGGCGGCGCGACUGUAUUCAAUUGGUUCGUCAAUCUCAUCAACACUGGCGCUUUCCAGUCUUGGGUCUCCAUCUGCUUCAUCUACCUCCGCUUCCGCAAAGCCACUCGGGUUCAAAACAUCACAGACCUCCCUUACCGUUCCCGGUUCCAGCCGUACAUGUCGUAUGUCUCCGGCGCGGCAUUCUUCAUCCUCAUGCUCGCGCAGGGAUUUAAGGUGUUUUUGAACGGGAUGUGGAAUACGUCGACUUUCAUCACGAGCUAUGUGGGUAUUGUCAUCUUCCUGGCGUUUUAUUUGGGACAUAAGUUCACGCACGGGAGAAAUGACCCGUGGAUGAUUCCGAGCGAAGAGGUGGAUAUGGUGAGCGGGUUGGAGGAGAUCAUCGCGAAUGAGACUCCGCGUGUGAAGGCGGAGAAGUGGCAUCAGAAGUGGAGGGUUCUGUUUGAGUAG